GAGAAAAACAAUGACAGUAAGACAUUAACUACACGUGUAAAUGAUUGAAUGAAUCACUGGUUGUUGUCCCUGGGCAGGUACAUGUUAAGCUAUGCACAGCAAAUUGUAGUUCAGACUUUGAUCAGAAACAGCUUGAGACGGUCUGAGGGAAACACUCUGGAUUCUUAGGGAGAGUCAGUCUUCCUUUGAGCAAAAAAAGGCAACACAGACCAGGAACAAUGACGUCGCCAGUAAGGCUGGCAUUGGCUGCCUUGCUGCUCCUCAUCUCCUCUGGAAUCCGUUGCUCCUCUCCCUCGCCGUCUUGUCUAGAGUCCUGUAUCUGUCCAGGAGCGACCGUGUUGAACUGUUCUUCUUCGAGCCUUUCAGCAGUGCCUCAAUAUUUUCAAGACUUUAUUUCAGAGGUGGACUUGACUCACAAUCUCCUUGAUUCCGUCACAUUCCACCGGCCAUAUCGUGAACUAAAGAAGAUUUGGCUAGGCAACAACACCGUAAAACGCUUGUCCCUCUGUGUGGACAGACACCUGGGGAAACCGUUUGUCAGAGGUAGACAUGCACGUGGCUUGAGACCUUGGAGCAGAUGUAUAUCAUGGGGCCCCGCCUUGCAGCUGCUAUCGGUUGAGAGGAAUCAGCUGGAGCAGCUCCCAGAGGGACUUGAAGGAAGCUCAUCUUUACAGGUUCUGCAGCUCUCCUUCAACAGAAUCGCAGCUCUACGACCAGUAGACCUAAGUCAACUUCAUCAGCUGAAAGAGCUCUACCUGCAGCAUAACCUCAUCAACAGUCUCCACCCACAGAUGUUCGAGAAUUUAACCCAGCUUAAAGUCCUUGAUUUGAGCUUCAACUUGUUGACCAGCCUCCACCCUCUGAGCUACAUCUCACUGCGCAACAUUGGGGCAAAUGUCAGGCUGGCUGGUAACCUGUGGCAGUGUGACUGCAGUAUGCGUACUUUUAAAAGAUGGAUGGCCUUAGACCGCAGCAGAGGUCUGCAGACCUGGAACCUGGAGUGUGCCUUCCCCUCAAUCCACUCUGGCAAAGACCUGCUACAGUUGGAGGAUGACGACCUGAACUGUGUUGCUACUGAAAACAAACCCGAGCAUCAUCGCGAUGUGACAGUUUAUAGUGGCUCUGACAUUCUUCUGUCCUGCGCUUCACAAGACUCGUUGUGGUGGACACCUGGGGGUUUAGGAUCUGUGAGUCAACCGCAGACUGGUCUGUUCAUCAGUGAAGUCACAGAAAAAGAUGAAGGACUAUAUGUGUGCAUGUCUGAAGAACCUGGUGUGUUUUCUGUUUACAACCUCCAAAUCAACAGAGUAGGACAAGCAAAAAGGACUCCUAGAAGUGCACCUGGAAUUAGUUGGGAAGAAAUUCCAGAGCGCGUACCAGAUAUGAUAGGUGACAAACGAAACCUGAGGGCUACACAGUGUAACUUGGCUCUGGCAGUGUGUCUGUCUGUUCUCGUCACGUUUCUUGUAGCUUUUACCACUGGAGUCCUUACGAGGCCUUAUAUUGAUGUACUUUUGGCAAAGAACAAAAAGAAAAGCCCCUCUGAAAACACUGGCUCAUCAGAACAACGAAGACCGUAUGACAAUGAGGGCUUUUCUGAUGGUGAGUCUGAAGAGGUAGUGGGUCACAGAGAAAGGAGAGUAACCUUUAGUACCACUACCAUCAGAGAAGAUGAUAACGUUGAAUACUAUGAUACUGUAGCAAACAGCAAUCAGGAAAUGGUCAAUAAUAUUCGUGAAAUUGAAAGUGAUACUGAGGCUAGAAAUGCCACAGUAGGACAUUCAGUGAAUGGACACCGUGUGAGUCAGAGUAGUUCAGAGGACAGCCACAGUGAGAGAGAAGAGCACUCAGCAGUCACCGAUACUCACAGGAUAGAGUAUGAAAACAUCCCAGCUCCUGUUGACAUGGUGGAGAAAAGGAGAUUUUCUUCAGGCUCAGACGAUUCUGAUAGAUCAUUCAAAGAGGAACAAAUACACCACACAACAAUCAAGUCUCCACAGCUGGCAGCAGACUCCUUUCAGCAGAACACUGAACACUUUACUACAUCCUCUCCAAGAUCUUCCUCUGAGGCCUUCACAGACUGGCCGCCACUCAAAAGUAACACAGCCAGUUCAGAACUGUGGCAGGAGAGCGGUGAUCAAUUUGAAUUUAGCGAUUCUCCUCGAAGUCCUUCAGAAAGGUCAAGUGUGUUUGGAUCGUUUAAGGAUUCAGAAAGGAUAGUGGUAUCGACUGCAGAUAAACCCAAAGGUAAUAUCUCCAGCUCUAGCUCGUACAUCAGUGAAGAUGAGCCAACAGAGUACACCUUGAACUCAGACCUGGAGGAAGAAGGAGACCAAGAAACGAACUUUGGAAGGAAUCUGGACCCACGAGCACCUUCUCCACAUGCACGUUAUUCCUCCAGCAGUAACAAUGAAGCAGAAACUACAGGACUCCAAAUAAGUGACAGUAAAAAGCAUCUGAAUGUUGGUGCUCAAAAAUGUGAUACAUCUUCUGAUGAUGAGAGUUCAGAGUAUCUACGUUAUGCAAUUUUUCCAGAAAGACCUGCUCCUUCCAUCAAAAGACGCCUGGCUAUCCGGGUGAAAUUACCAUCUACUGCUUCUGAUUCAAGUGAUGAGAGUGCAGAUGAAACCAUAAGUCCUACACAAAAGCAAGUAGAAUUGCUGUUGCAAAAAACACAGAUGUCCAGUCGAAGGCUUCAUACAAGUUGGCCAGUUGUAGAUCUUGAAGAUGUUCCCCGCAUCAGAAGGCGUCUAGAUUUCAGAGCAUCAACAUUGUUUUCUGAAUCGUCCUCAUUGCAGAAAUCUGAAACUUCAAGGUAUGAGAAGAGUAACAGUUCUGACCUUCUUUUAAAAGGAUCUCAAAGACCAAGACAUGAAACAGUCACAGUAUGGCCUGCCUUGAACCUUGAACACAUUCCUCACAUCAAGAGACGCCUAGAUAUAAAAGCACAAUCACCAUAUACUGACUUAUAUUUAAGUACUGACAGUGAAGAUGAAUCAAUAUAUUACACAGAGAGACCAAGAUCGGUGAGCAAUACAAACCUGCCUUUGCAAAGUGAUAUUUAUGGAAGUUGGCCUCUGUUAAAUCUAGCAAACAUUCCUCAUAUUAAGAGACGUCUGGAUGUCAAAAUAUUUUCACCUCCGAGAUCACUUUGGAGUGACAAUGAGUAUGAAGCCAUAAAAUCUACAGAGAGACUAAGGAAUGUGGACAUUACUAAAGAUUUUGUAUUAAAAUCUCAACCUCCAAGUCAGGAGCAACAUGGAAGUUGGCCAGUUUUAGAUCUUAAAAAUAUUCCCCGAAAUAAACGACGUCUGGAUUUUAAAUUGUCAUCACUGCCCUUUGAGUCAUCGCUAAUCAAUUAUAAUGAUGAUGACAUAUUUAAUUACACUAAGAUGCCAGGAAUGGUGGAGAUUGCAGCAAUAUCAAAGCAAACAUCUCAAACUCCAAGUCAUGAUCUCAGUACCAGUUGGCCUGCUGUGAAUCUUGGAAACAUUCCUCACAUCAAGAAACGUCUAGAUAUCAAAGCACUAUCCCCAGAGAGUGAAGAUGCAUCUAAAUAUGACAAAGAAAGACUACAAAUAGUGGGAACUUCAAACAUUCCAACACAAAAAUCAACAUCAAGUCAUCGUGAAGGCUGGCCUGUUGUGGAUCUUCAUAUGAUCCCACAUCUCAAAAGGCACUUAGACAUUAAAGCAACAUCACCACACUCUGAUUCAGCUUUAAUCAGUCACAGUGAGUAUGAAACUGCAUAUUACACAGAGAGACCAGCAAAGGUGGAGUUUGAAGAACUUCAACAGGAAAAAGAUCUAACUUUCCGUCAUGAUUUUUCUGCGAGGUGGCCUGUCUUUGAUAUGGACAGUAUUCCACACAUUAAAAGGCGUCUAGAUGUAAAGGGACAAUCAGUGGACCUUCCUUCAUCUGGCAGCAGUGACAGUGAAGAUGAAUCAACAUAUUACGCAAGAAGGAAUAACAAAUUAGAGUCGAUCCAAUUACAAAACUUUCCAUCCACCAGUAGAGAGCAACAUUCAAGCUGGCCUCUGCUUGAUCUUGAAUAUAUCCCUCACAUCAAAAGACGUCUAGAUCUCAGAUUGAAGCCUACUGAUUCUUCAGGCCACAAAGAAAAGCCAGUACCAGAGAAGACAAAUGUUGCAGACCUUCUUUUAAAAACCUCUCAAAGAACAAGUACUUAUUCCAACACAAGUUCAGUUCAUGAUUAUUAUGGAAAUUGGCCUGUCUUGGAUCUUCAAACGAUUCCUCAUAUCAAAAGACGAUUGGAUAUCAAAACAUUUUCUUUGUCUCUUGGUUCAUCUUGUGGGAGUGAUAAUGAAUAUGAGACCGUACAUCCCAUCAAGAUACCAGAAAAGGUGGAAAUUGCAAAGCUUCAACCCCAAAAGAACCAGCCCUCCAGUCAUGAGCUUCAUGGAGGAUGGCCUAUCUUAAAUCUCGGAAAUAUUCCUGACGUUAAAAGACGACUAGAUAUCAAGAUGGCAUCACCCCCUAAGAGUCGAAGAUCAUCUUCUAGCAGUGACAGUGAAAAUGAGACAAUACACUAUAUAGAAAGACCAGGACAAACAUGGAUGUUGUCAAAGGUCCAUUGCUAACAUCUCCAGCUCCAAACCAGGAUCUUAGUGAAGGUUGGCCAAGCCCAGAUCUAAGAAACAUUCCUCAAGUCAAAAGACAUCUGGACAUCAAAUCAUUAGCAUCUUCUGGUUCAUUGUCUAGCAGUGACAUUGAGUAUGAAAAAAUAUACUACACUGAGAAACCAGAAAUGGUAGAAACUGUAACACUUCUACCAGUUAAGACCCAAUCUUUGAGUCAUGAUCCUAAUGCAAGCUGGCCCAGCUUAAAUUUUGGAAAUAUUCCUAACAUUAAAAGGCGUCUAGAUAUCAAAAUAUCAUCACCCACCUCAAGAUCACCUACUGACAAUAAAUAUGAAACAUUGUAUUACAAUGAAAGAGAAGCAAAAACAGUAAAGAGUCCAUUGCUAACAUCUCCAACUCCAAGCCAGGAUUUUAAUGAGGGUUGGCCAACCCCAGAUCUAGGAAACCUCCCUCACGUCAAAAGACGUCUAGAUAUCAAAAGGUCAUCACCCCCUCGAAGAUCAUCUUCUAGCAGUGACAGAGAAAAUGAAACAAUAUACUACAUAGAAAGACCAGCAAAUGUGGACAUUGUCAAAAGUGCAUUGCAACCAUCUCCAACUCCAAGCCAGGAUCUCAGUGAAGGUUGGCCAAGCCCAGAUCUAAGAUACAUUCCUCACAUCAAAAGGCGUCUGGAUAUAAAAAUGUCAUCACCCAGCCAAAGAUCAUCUUCUUGCAGUGACAGUGAAAAUGAAACAAUAUACUACAAAGAAAGACCAGGAAACAUGGAUGUUGUCAAAGGUCCAUUGCUAACAUCUCCAGCUCCAAACCAGGAUCUUAGUGAAGGUUGGCCAAGCCCAGAUCUAAGAAACAUUCCUCAAGUCAAAAGACGUCUGGACAUCAAAUUGUCAUCACCUGCUCGAAGAUCAUCUUCGAGCAGUGACAGAGAAAAUGAAACAAUAUACUACAUAGAAAGACCAGCAAAUGUGGACAUUGUCAAAAGUGCAUUCAGCGAUGACAAAAGUGACAGUCAAUAUACAGACUUUCCUGAAAGAUGGGAUUUGGAGAUUAGAAAUGAUCCAAAAGAGUUGCCAAUGCCUGAAGAAAAUGAAGAUGUUUUUAUUGUAAGUCCUAAAAAGUCUCCACUCAGCAACAUCUUCUCCAGUCCAAAGCCGUUCCAUAACAUUACAUUACAAAAGUAUACACCCGUUACAGAAACCUUGGAUCCUCAACCAGUAGACAAUAACAUAAGCACAACUCCAGAGAUCAACCCAGAACUUCAAUCACGGUGGGCCACCAUGAAUCUUGGUGUCUCCCGCUUCAGAAAACGUCUUGAAAUAUCAUCACAGUCGUCACCCGAUGGGAGUGAAGGUGAGACUGGGAACAAAGGCAGCAGAAGGCUACGAAGGAGAGGGGAGAGGAUGCAAGAGAUUAUAUCCACAGAUUCAUCUCCAGUCGUGGAGAAUAUUCCUCCCACUACAACCAGUCUGGAUAACUACAGUAACUUAGGGGAAGCUAAAGAAGUCAUCAGGGAGGAAUACAGCCGUUCUACAAGUGAGGGCAUUCCAACCUCACCCACCCUGGCAACUGGUUUUGGUAUUCCUCCUAUAAGAAGAUAUUUAGAUAUCAGGGUCCGUGAAGAAAGUCCUAAUGAAAAUGAUAGAGUAGACUUUACAGAGAGUGCAGGUAACAGCCUGAGUGGGAUAAAUAAGGAAACAUCCCAGGAUCACACCUCUUUGUUUGUGGCCCCUGUCAGCAACCCCAUGGAUGGGUCACACAAUAGAACAGAGAUCAUGGAAGUGACUGAACUAAAGAGCCAAACAUCAAAUGUUGGACAAGAGUUUGACCCAUUGUGGCCAUCACAAAGACAUUCUUCCUCAGGAAGCAACAGUGAAGAUGAGACAAGCGACCUGAGAAAUGUUGGCAUCCCACAAAUUAAGAGGCGUCUGGACAUUAGGGCACCAUUCCCUCCUUUAAUUAGUUCCUCAUUUGUGAGUAAAAACGAAAAUGAAACUGUGGAACACUCACUGAAUCAAAGCAAAUAUCCAUCAAGCAUGUCAGACGUAACGGCGGAUUACUCUCAAAUCAUGUAUAAACGAUCAAUAAUGAAAGGCUCUUUGCCAGUCAGUACUACUUAUUCCACUGGUGGCCCAAUUCAAAGUGUAGAUCCUCUAGAUGAUAUGGUAGACAGAUCGUCUUCAUGGAGAGUCACCAGUUUAAGCCUCGAUCGUCCCCAGCUUAAGUCAAAGAGCAGCACAGCUGUUGACCUGAACCCUGAGAUAAGAUGGACUGGCCUUGGUCAUCAUUUGUCUGACUUCUCUGUCUCCAGUCCAGAGUUACCUUCAAGUCCACCUCCAAUGCCAGAACCUAGCCCAUCUACCUCCCUCGACUCCUCUUCAAGUAGAAGCGACACGAUAAUAAAACAAGACAAUGAGGUGACGCUCUCAUACAAAUACCCUGUCACCACUAGAUUUGAGACGACGGACGCCACAUACACCAACAGAAAUGAGAUGUUUAAUGCCGGGUCUGGUAAAAAAAGAAGAAGCAAAGGUCUGAGUGCUUUAAAAGCCAUGUCUUCAGAUCGGCUGACAUGGGACACACAGGGUGAAGAUUUAGGUGCUGUGUAAAACAUGUUGAAGAGAAGUCAUAGGACGCCACAUAAAACCAACACAGGUAUUUUCUACUACUGAUGUUAACAAGGCCACACAUCCGCUGUUGUUUUAUUUAAAGUGCUACUGCAGCUUUUAAAGCAAAGUCACCUGUUGAGAAAGCUGAUUUUGAAUCAUCAGCCUGGCAAUGUGGCAGAGCAAGUUUGAAAUAAGGUGAAAUGUGAAUUAUCUAUAUUACAAAAUUGGGAACUUCAGUUGCAAAAAUUGAGUGUAUGUGGUAUUUGAGAAUAUCAGGGCACUUGUAACACCGCUAACUAUUUGAUAAUGAACUAAGCACUGCAAUUAAAUACAAAUAUUUAAAAUAAAUGUACAGUAAAAGUAAUAUAAGUAAAAGUGAUAUAUAUUAAUUCAAUUUUCAUAUUUAUUUACCAUAUCUAAGUCAUGUACGAUGGUUUUAAAAGUUGACUUGAUCAUUAAAACGCUAAGUGACAAAUUA